AUGGCUUUGUAUAAUCUAUCAUAUGUUUUACACACCUUUGGGAGGUACUCGAUUAAGCGUUUUAGAAAGGCUCAAUGCCCCAUUGUUGAGAGGCUUACAAACUCAUUGAUGAUGCAUGCAAACAAUGGAAAGAAACUUAGCGUCGAGAUUGUGAAGCAUGCUAUGGAAAUUAUUUAUCUCUGAUGAUCGAACCCAAUUCAAGUCAUUGUUGAUGCCAUUAUUAACAAUGGACCUCGUGAAGAUGCUACUCGUAUUGGUUCUGCUGGUGUUGUGAGGCGUCUUGUUGAUAUUUCUCCUCUUCGUCGAGUGAAUCAGGCCAUCUAUCUCCUCACCACCGGUAAUCGUGAGUCUGCAUGAAACAUUAAAACUAUCGCUGAAUGUUUGGUGAUGAGCUUAUUAACGCAAAGAAAAGGAUCAUCUAACAGCUAUGCCAUCAAGAAGAAGGACGAAAUCGAGAGAGUUGCCAAGGCCAAUCGUUGAGGAAUUGGUAGGACUUUGCAUAAACCAUGGCG